AUGCCUUCGACGUGCUUCUCGACGAAUGCUUCGUACUUCUCUUACAGCAAUAAUGGACGGCCUACCACAGCUCUGUCAAGCUCUGAAUACCCUAGGACAACGAGGCCAACAAAUGCGGGGACAAGUAUCGCCUUCCAGGAAAUUAUUUGUGCCAUCAGCGAGUCUCGUGGGAUAUCGCCUACUGUUGGCCUGGCUUUUGUCAAUCUUUCCACGUCAGAGGCCGUGCUUUGUCAGAUAUGUGACAGUCAAACCUAUGCCCGAACUAUUCACAAACUAGCUGUGUUUGAUCCGACAGAAAUCCUUUUUAUGAAAACUGCAAGGGAACCUCGUUCGAAGCUCUAUUCGAUCGUGGAAGAGAACCUACCUCUUCUAACUGUAACGUUUAUUGACCGACGACUAUGGGCUGAAAGGGCGGGUCAUGAAUAUGUCGAGCAGCUUGCAUUUAGAGAAGACCUAGAGUCAAUCAAGAUGUCCCUUGACGGCAGCUAUUUUGCUACAUGCUGUCUCGCUGCGGCACUCACUUACAUUAAAACCGAGUUGUCAAAGCAAUUUUCUCACCAUUCUCUUCGCAUUAAAUAUGAACCAUCUGAAGGUUCCAUGUUGAUUGAUCUAUCUACAAUUGUUUCCCUGGAGUUGAUUCAAAACCGUCAAAACUCCAAAUCUCGCGACUGUCUUUUCGGGGUUCUCAAUGAAACGCUUACCACAAUGGGAUCUAGGCUUCUCCGCAGUAAUUUACUCCAGCCAUCCACGGAACAAGCCAAGCUUUUGGCUAGAUAUGAGGCGGUUGAGGAAUUGAGCACAAAGGAAGAGAUGUUUUACUCCGUUAGGCAGGCUCUUAAGACUUUUGUUGAUUCGGACAAAGUCCUCACUUCUCUCAUAGUGAUACCAACAAGGGUGACUUUGCAGCAUGCAGAGCAAUCGAUAAAUAACAUUAUUAUGCUCAAAACCUAUGUCAACGCGAUUAAACCCAUCUAUCAAGCUUUGUCUGGUGCACAGAGCAGUCUUCUUCUGGCAAUUCGCAACCUAUGUGGGCCCCAAGAGUAUGCUGCUAUAGCAGAUAUGAUUAACUCCACGCUGAACGAAGACGUUACAUACCAGUCUCGGCCUUUAGACCUACGAAAUCAACGAACAUAUGCUGUCAAAGCUGGAAUCAACAGCCUCCUCGAUGUUGCAAGACAGACAUAUCAAGAGGCAAACAAUGAUGUGGUGGAGCUAGCUUCUCGACUAGGAGAUGAAUAUGAUCUCGCCCUUGACCUGAGGUUUGAAACCGGACGACACUAUUAUCUCCGAUUACCGGUAUCCUGUUUAGAUAAUAGCGAACUGCCAGAUAUUUUUAUUAAUAUCUUUAGAAAGAAGACCUACAUCGAAUUCCAAACUCUAGAUCUUGUAAAGCUGAACCAAAAAAUCACCGACGCCCAUAAUGAGGUGAUCAACAUGAGCGACCGGAGUAUCCAUGAAUUGAUCGAGGAUAUUCGAUCAGAAAUAGCAGGCUUAUUCCGGGUUAGCGAAAGCAUUGCAAUGUUAGAUAUGUUGGCUUCCUUCGCGCAUCUUGUAACCAUGCAGGACUAUGUGCGACCGGAACUCACAGAUACGCUUGCGAUCAAGGCUGGAAAGCACCCUAUCCGAGAAAAGAUUCACGCUGAAAAGUAUGUGCCUAAUGAUGCGUAUGCUACCCAGCAAUCACGAUUCCAGAUUAUCACUGGGUGUAAUAUGAGUGGGAAAAGCACAUAUAUUAGAUCUCUCGCCUUGAUGACUGUUAUGGCUCAAAUCGGCUGCUUUGUCCCUGCGCAGUAUGCUUCAUUUCCAGUUGUGCACCAACUCUUUGCUCGAGUAUCGACGGAUGAUAAUGUCGUAGCCAACGUCUCUACAUUUUCUGCUGAAAUGCGUGAAAUGUCUUUCAUUCUUCGGAACAUCGAGCCUAAAAGUAUGGUAAUCAUCGAUGAGCUAGGUCGCGGCACCAGCACUACUGACGGACUUGCCAUUGCCAUUGCCAUUGCCGAAGCUCUUGUCGAAAGCCACGCUCUAGUUUGGUUCACAACGCAUUUCCAUGACCUCUCCAAGAUUAUGGCGGACCGGAAUGGCGUUGUCAAUCUACACCUUGCAGUUGAAAUGUCGCCCUCGACUUCAAAAAUGACAAUGCUGUACAAAAUAGCGGAUGGUUUCGUGAAGGACAAACACUACGGUCUUUUCCUUGCCCGGCUCCUCCCCUUUCCACAAUCCCUAUUGGACAAGGCGCAAGAAGUUUCCAAGGCGCUGAGCUUGAAGAUCGAGAAUCAGAGAAAGCGCUCCAAAACCUUGGCAAUUGCGAAAAGGAGAAAACUUAUUUUAGACCUCAAAGAACAACUCCUCCAAGCGAAGGAAGGCGUCUUAGAAGGUAAGAGCCUUCAAGCCUGGCUGAAGAAACUCCAGCAGGAGUUUACGCUACGAAUGGUGGCACUUGAUGAAGAAGUCAACAUGGCAGAAGACGACAUCAUGGAUAUAGAUGAAAGUCUAGACACUCAGCCGUCAGGAUCUCUUGACUUUAAUCCGGAAAUCAUUUCCAGUCCCAUUACUAACAAAACCACCUCCUCCGCAGGAGGUUCCAUUCCAUGGUCGAUAACCGAGCAGCACUCCUCGUCUGUUCUAGAGCUCUACUCGUGA